GUCUAUAUGCAGAUAAAGGAGCUUAAGCCAGGAAGAAGAUCCAAGCUUUCACCAGGGAGGAUAAGGAAGCUAACCGAUGAGCUAGGUAAAUGGGUUCUCUUGGCCAUGGAGUUUGGACUCCACUGGUCCUUGAAAGGUUUUACGACCAAGUCUCCCCAGCAUCUACAUAUUUCAUGCUGAUAUAUAUAUGCUGUUGUCUUCUCCAAGGGAACAGAUCGAGAGAUGUGGGUCAGAACCGUUUGAUAUGCCAUGAUGUAAUCAAGACGUAAAGAGUAGAACUAUCAAAGGUUAUGGUCGAACAAACCAAUGGACAGAUUUCUCUCCUCAUUAUGGUCUUCAUAGCCAUGAGGAUAGGGGGACCAAAACCGGUCAACUGUUACAAAAAGUCUACCGUCACCACAAUACACAAAAAAGGGCGUUCUCUCAGAUGAGGUUAUAGACUGAAAUUCAAAAGAAGACUUGGAGAACACCCAGAUGAUGAUGAAAGAGAUGCGGUUUUUCUUUGGGAUGCUCAAGGAAGCCCUGAAAAUCCCCUUCAGAAACCCCAACUUCGUUGUCUUUUCCUUCCUCACAUCCCUCCCUUUGUUCACUUUCAUGCUCAUAAAUGAUUUCAUCAUUCAGCAGACCCUCAUUCAAACAGCAAAAAUCUUGACACAAACUCUUCAUCCCAAAAAGUUCUUUGAUUUUUAUGAGACGCCGCUGGGGCUAAUAGAAAGAGCAAUCGAGGAGGUUUCUCACAAACUCCUCCUGGGUUUCAUUUAUCUUGGGGUCGUCCAUUUCUUAGACUUCCUCAACACAGUGGCAAUUGUGGAUUCAGCAUCAAUCAUCCACAAGGGAGAGACACCCAUGAAUCUUAUGGAUAUGUUAUGCAGACCCAUGAAAGAAAUAAGGUUUAAAGGGCCUCUGAUCACAUCCAUCUACACUUUUAUACUGGCUUCUUUCGUUUUCCUUGGUCUGAUUUCUCUGGCAACGCAUGUAUUUAUUUUCUCAAACGAGGUGUACUUUUUUAUAUUAUUUGCGGUACUCUUUAUAGCUUUAUUAAUAAAAUCAGUGGAAUGGAGUGCUAUAUGGAACAUGAGCAUUGUGAUCUCAGUGUUGGAAGAGAAACAUGGGGAUGUAGCACUAGUGUUGUCGUCGUAUCAUAGCAGAGGUAGCAGGCAAUUUGGUUCUCUCUUCAUGCUCGUUUUCUUUGUUUGGAGCUUUGCGCUAAGAGGAUCAUGCCUCUAUAUGGGGUGGAGUGGAGGAGGAAAUGGGAUUAGAAUCACAUCUGCAUAUGUUGGCUUGGUCUGUUUGGGGAAUACAAUGAAAUGGCUGGUUUUUGUGGUUUACUUACACAACUGCAAGAACCAGAGACUGGAGAGGGUUGACCCGGAAGUGGGAAGAGCAGCUGAAGCUGUUAAAGAAGGAUAUGAUCAAGGCAGCAGCACUAUUUAACUACCGAGGAGAAAUAAAGUGAAGUUCAGAAUCAAUCUUAAGCAAUGAAUGUAAUUUUCCAACUGGGGUGUGUACUAUUGGAUCGUGUCACUCUCCCUCCUCCUCCCCACCCCUCUCUCCCUCUCCCUCUCUCUCAUUGUGAAGAAUAACUUAUUUUGAUAAUAAAACAUGUUUCCAAAUUAGAAAAA